AUGGACGCUUUGGUCGUUGACUGCAGCAGUCAGAACUUGUCGACCAUACCCAGCACAGUACCGUUGAACACAACGCAUCUGAUAUUUCGAGAUAAUCAACUUGAGACACUUGAGAGCCUCGAUUUCUGUUCGGGAUUACAAAAACUUAUAUUUCUGGAUCUCAGUUGGAAUGAUAUCCUGCAAAUAGAAGAGGGCGACUUCCUUAACUGUAACGAGGUCAAGUAUUUAGAUGUCAGCUACAAUAAUGUGCGAGUGCUACCUACAAAUUCAUUUUGGGGACUUCAGAAAACAGAACUGCUUGACUUAAGUGGAAACAAAAUCUACGACCUAGAUAACGGAUCCUUUCUUGACCUCCUUAAAAUAAAGGAACUCCGUCUUCAUGACAAUUUGCUUAAUAAUGAUAUCGAAAAAGCACUAAUAGCCAGAGAUACUUUAAAAAUUCUAGAUUUAAGCAAAAAUAGAAUUAAAAACCUAAAAAAUACAUUAUUUGACAACUUGAUAAAUUUAACCACACUUUCUUUACGUACGAAUAUCAUUAGUGUAGUGGAGGCUAAGGCAUUUUCUAACCAAGAAACACUUGAAAAUUUAGAUUUGUCGUAUAACCCUUUGUACUGUCUGCCAGAAGACACCUUUGACACGUUGAUAAAUUUGAACUAUUUGGAGUUAAGCGCAGACAGUCUAGCCGCUAUCGUUAAAAUGGCUGAUAGAAUGAACUACACAAACUAUUGGUUCAAGGUGAUGAGGAACAUGAAAGGCGUCCUAAUGGAGAUGCCCGGCUAUCAGAACGGGACCAACAUGUAUACCAAUCAAAAGAUGGGAAUCAGAUACAUGGACGAAGUCUCCACCAGUAGUGCAGCCGUACUCAAUCUUCAACAACCAAUCAACUAUCAACAUGCCUACUUGUAUCGUCGCCCGAAUUCAGAUGAAUCACAAGAUAGCGUACCAACACAAAGCAUUCCCGGCAGCGCAAAGACGUUCGAUCUCUCAGAUAACAAUAUUACACAAAUAUUAGAAAAUGAGCUCCCAAGUCGCAUCGAAACGCUCGACUGCAGCCAGAAUGAAAUCAUACUUGUUGAGGAGCAUGCUCUGGAAGAUCUUAUUGAUUUACACCACCUGGAUUUUAGCAAAAAUAAAAUUGAAGUCGUAAAAACAAGUCUGUUCCUAAAUAACGUCAACAUGGAAAUCCUGGAUUUGAGCGACAAUGAAAUUGUUGACCUUCCAUUGAGGAUUUUCUCAACGCCAAUACGACUUGUACAAUUAAACCUACGUGACAAUAACAUAAUCGGCCUAUUCGAUUAUCUAUUUAGUAUGCUUUCAAUGUUGCAGGUCCUUGAUCUUAGCAUCAACAAUGUAACGACUAUUCCCGUCAUGACUUUUAGUGGACUUAUACAGCUGCAAGAAUUGUACUUGCAGCAUAAUCGGGUGACCAAUUUGUUAAACGAGGUUUUCAUGGACCUUUCACAGCUACAACACCUGGAUUUAAGUUUUAAUGAAAUUACCACUAUAGAAGAGUUCGCAUUUGAUGGAUUAGCUGAGCUUAAGGUAUUAAACCUCAAUGGCAACCAGAUAUCAAGGAUAAGCCACUGCUUUCACAACACCAACAGCCUGGUUCCGGGACUAAAGAAGCUACAGCAGCUUCACGUUAACAGUAAUCUGCUGCGUAUGUUAUCCAAUAACACAUUUGAGAACUUGGAUAAAUUAGAAUUCCUGGAUAUCAGCGGGAAUGGCUUAUCGCAGCUAGAACAGUAUUCAUUCAUUGGGGUAAAGACCCUAAGAACGCUGCUGCUGAGCCACAACAAUCUGCACCUUUUGCCAAGUAAACUAUUCGACGACCUCGAACAAUUGGAGUAUAUAGAAUUUGGGACGAGUGAACUGAUGUCAAUUGCGGAUACGCUCAAGGAGGAUGAUAACAGCUCAGUCUGGUUUUCAGUCAUACAACGAAUGAAAGACGUGAUAUUGCCAGAGCAUGGUAGAAGACAAACUGCCUCGGAAACAACUGGAAUCCGAUAUUCCAAGUAG